CCUGUGCCAGGGAACAAUUCCUUCCCAGUAUGAUGGUGGAGCAGGGGUUCAGCCUUUUGAGCAGGGGCUCCAUUCCCAUGUCACAUUCUGAACGCGUGGAGCUCCUAAAUCCACCCUGCAGGCAUUCAUGUUCCCUGUGACACUGCAGAGAUUCCCUGCCUGUGGAGCUGGCACUGCCCAUUCCCAGAAGUUGUCAGGGAAGCUGCGUGCACAUCCCAGCCGUGGCAUAACUCGGAGCAGCCAGCACUUGUUAACUCUAUUUGUUUUUAUUAUGGACAUCGAUCUGCCAGUCGCAAUAAUGCAUUUAUGGACAUUUUUCUGCAAGCGCAGCGCUGGUGGCAGUUUUUACUGACAGCUUGAGUCAUCUGGACAGGAGUUGAAAAUACGUUUAUUUUAUUGACGGAUUGUGCAAUUCUCUCGUUUACCCAGUGUUCAUAAGAUAUCUGGACUGGUGAGGAGGAUGUAACUGAUGGGAAAAUGGAGGAUGAAGUUUUAAUUUUGGGUGGUUUGGAAUCUUUUAGGUAGCGACAGGUUCCAGCAUGUGUUUGGGGUAGGUUUGGGAGCUUUAACUUCAUUAACACUGUAAUUAAAAAGUUAAAGGCUCGGUGUCCUUACAGCAGAAUUCCAGACCUGAAUUCCCUCCCUCUGCUGAUAGCUGGGAAUGUUACUGACCAGUGAUUGUGCUGAUUUAAGGUAUAAUGGGUAAAAUCCUCCUAAUGGAAGAAAAAACCCCUGUUGAAUUUAGUAUUUUUGACAUAUCACCCAGCAGAGGUGUGCUUGGGCCAGCACGAAGUUUAACACACAGCUGGAGGAACAACCAAACUAAAACCAAACCUGUGCUGAAGUGUUCUUCAUAAAUGCAAAAUGCAGUUUUAAAACUGAGCUGCUUAUGGUCCAGGCAAUUUAUUGAAUGCCAAUAAAGCUUGUGUGGGUUUGGAUUUUAAUGAAGUUGAGUAAUUGUAAAAGUUAUUUGGAAUAUGUCACUAUUUUGGUGCUUGUUGUUAAUACUUUUUAGAGUUGUUUCCUUAUUUACUAUUUUAUAUCUGCACAGCUAAAUUACUGUGUUCUGGUGGCUGUCAGAAGUAUCAGUUUAUUCUGGGCCAAAUUAAAUGAUACAGAUAGCUUCAGGUAUCUUUUCAUGUCACUUGUAAAACUUGGACGUGCAGCUGAAAUUCUCCCUGAUGCAGCAGAGAUUCUGAAGAUUAUUAAAAAUACCUGAGCAAAUCACCUUUAAUUGCAAAGAAGAAGAGGGAACUUCAUUAAAACAAAAGUUCUGACUUCUCUGGUUUUGAGUGAAAUAGGAGUUAAAAUAGCAGCAUUGACCAAUGGCCUGGAGUCUUGAGCAGCUUGGCAGUGGGGAAUAAAUAAUAAUUGGAGUUUUGAUCUGAUGGAUGCACUUUAGCUUUUCAUUUUUAUACAAAUGCCACCUUUUAGUGCAGAUCAAUGCAAUCAGUACUUUAAUAGAUAUAUUAGCACAGCCCACUGGAGUCAGAGCUGUUUUGUUGUGUGAAUGCUGCCAUCUCUGUGCUCCACGUGCAGAUUUAGGUCCCUCCAGGUAACCCUGCAUUAGCAGAUAGCAAGAAUUAGUGCUGUUUUGUCAGUGCUGCUGCUGCAUAAUCAUCAUCAGGAAUACUGAAAUUAUCUGAGUGCUUUAGAUCAGUCAGCACAAGGCAAACAAUGCUCUUAUCUUGGCUUGUUUGUACAUUCAAGUGUGCAGAAGGUCUGUUAAUUAGUUACACUUUUUAAUAAACACCUAAAGUAUACUUAAGGCCCUGUUAAAAGAUUAUUUUUUCUGUUUCACAUCAUAAAACCAGCAGAUGAGUGUUCAGCACGUGGCAGUACACGGGCAGCACGAGCCUGCUUUGGCAGCCUGGGCUGGUGGUGGGGACAGGACACUUCUGCUGUCACCCGUGUCCUGCAGAAACAAUUCCCACCACUUCACAUUCCCUGCACUCUGCUCUGCUGGAUUGAAGGAUGAGCAGAGGUGUAGUGGGAAGGGUGUGGGAAAAGGGAAAUCCCUUGUACAGUCUCCUGUUGACAUCAGAAAUACCUCUGGUUCUUGGCUGACUUCAUGAAAUACAAAGAUUAUGGUUGAUGGAGUUUAUUCAAGCUGGCCACAGUUGUUGGUUUGGGGUUUGUUUUUUUUGUUGUUUUUUUUUUUUCUCUGAAAUACAAAGGAAUUAAUUGGUUUUGAAUCCAGCUUAGUGGGCCUGGAUCAUAUUCCCUUUUAACUUGGAGGUUAGCAGUGGGAUGGAAGUAAAAUCUGGCUCUAUGGCCAGGGUUGUGCUUUAGGAAGUUGAAAUUGGGAUCCAACAAGGCAAAGUGCUUCAGCUGAAACAAACUUUUAAAAUAAAUCAUAGAAUCCCAGAAUUUUUUGGGUUGGUUGGGUUAAAGAACAUCUGGUCCCACACCUUCCCCUGUCCCAGGUGCUCCAGCCCCAGUGUCCAGCCUGCCUUGGGCACUGCCAGGAUCCAGGGGCAGCCACAGCUGCUCUGGGCACCCUGUGCCAGGGCUGCCCACCCUCACAGGGAAGUAAAAAAUGCUUGUUUUGUUAUUUUUUUAAACCUACCAAUAAUACUAUUUUCACUGAUUGCAUGAGUUUAAUGUGCUUUAUUUUAUAUUAUUGUUAAUGCAGCUGGCCCUGGAUUUAAAUGCUUUUCAGUUGCCUUUUUGUGCCAUUAUAUUUGAUUCCUCAGCGAGACUUUCUAAGAAUAUGAUUAACCCUCUGGGUCAUCUUAUAAUGUAAUUAUUAAUGAUUGAUUCUGUUUAUCCUUGGGAUCAAUAUGAGAAGCAAAAAUGCUUUGGCAUAUAUUUGGGGUUGAUUUCUUGCAUUCAGUAAACAUGAUCUGGUGACAAGACUGGUAUUGGUUUAUUACUCGGAACGUGUUUGAUGAAUCUGAAGUGUGUAAUUAGUUUUAUAUAAUGAUGGUGAUAUGUGGGGUUUUUUACAUGACUUAUGUUAAUAUGGCCAAUAGUGUUAACAUCUCCUGCCACUAAUAGUUAGGGUGGGGAUGUAUAGUAAUUGAUCUUCCUGGGAGUGCUGUAAUGUAAAAACAAUUCCGGCUGUUUGAAGUAUAUUUUACAAGUGUGCAUUGGGCCUUUGGGAUGUUAUACUGAAAAACCCAAUUGUACAGUUACCAUGGGAACCCAAUUAGAAUAGAUUGCUGGAUUUUUUUUUUUUCUUUCUCAGGCUUUCAUCUUGACCAAAAAUCUAAUGUACUUUAAAUGUUUUCAUAUGGAAUUUUGUUCAUAUAGUCACUCGGUGUAAUGGCUGGUUUUUAAUUUUAGUGCUGAACCAGAGUGUUCUGUUGAGGGUCCCGAGGACUUAUCCUUCAAGGAGAAUCUUCCUUUAGUGUUUAAAAGUUGAUGAACUGAGAAAAAAUACUUUUUAUUAAUCCAAGUUCUUACUGCCAUCACAUGUACUCGUCAGGCUGCAGUCCUGGGGGAAAAGAAGCAGGGAGGUAUCCUAAAGCCCAAGGACUUCUGUUCUAGAUCGUGAGCAAAACAUAACUGAAGGAUUUCCUGCCCUUCAAGGAUCUCUUUUUGAUGUCACCUCUGACUUUCCUUCACCUUUGUGGCCUGUUGACAUAUCCAGAGGUUUGGGGAUGCUCACUGUGAUGUGUUUGCUUCCUGCCCCAUUGAGCAGGUGUUUGUGUAUCUUCAGGUGUCCUGGGAGCAUCCUGCUCCAUCAGUGCUUGAGAACCUCUUGCUGGAAUAGCCAAGGGAAGCUGAGGCAGGAGAGAUGGAGAUGGAUAUCACUGGUCCUUGGCAGCUCUGGGCUAGUGAGGAUUGUCAACUAUUUAUUUUUCCCAUACUGCUCGUCAAUCCCCCCAGUUUAUUUAUCCCACUCUGCAAAUGCAGGAGGGAAUUCCCAUUUUUGGUGAAGCCAUUGCUGGCAUGAAGGUUUCAGUUUUUUGAGGUUUGGUUCUGGUGUCUCAGUUUCCACACCAUGGAAGCGGUAUCACUGAAUUUGAUCAAUGUGUGUUGCUCCAAAGAGGUUUUGGCUUUUUGCCUUCAAAGUCACCCUCAGGAGAGCCCUUCAGCUUCAUGGGAAGUUCUGACCUCCUCCAGCAAGACAGUCUCUGCAAGGCUGAGGUGCUUUUUGGAGGGAUGCUUUGGACUUUCCAGUUGUUUUUUUUUUUGCUAUGAAUUCCCCCAGUCUGGCUGUCAGAAAUCUCCUAACCACCAUGGUUUGGACAUGACUGGUUUGACCCAGUUCUGGUCACCCAAGGAAAACCUUGUUGGGUGAGCAGGUGGAGCUCAACCAGGGUUUGAAAUGAGCUUCUGAAUAAAUCUGAUUAUCAAGGCAAAACUUUCAGCUUUACCCUUCAGGAAGAUCUAAAAAAAAUGAGCGUUGCUGAGCAUUUUGAAAGACCCAGCUCUGAACUGACGAUAGAAAUAAAUUGCUAUUUUAUUUUUAGCUCUAUCACAGAUAUUUUAAGUAGUUCUAUUAGAUUGCUCAUCUGCCUGACCUGCAUUUAAAAAUGCAGUGAGUUCUCUUUGCAGUGGCUGCCAUGUUACUAUAGUCAAAAUACUAAUUAUUCAUCUUAAUUUUAAACACUUAAAUAAGAUGCAAUAUUAAGAUUAAGUGUUGCUGUUUGGUUUUAAGUGGCUGGGAAGUGGCCAUGUGUUCUGUCAGUGCCUUGGACUCCAAGGAGAAGUCUUAGAAAACCUGGGAUGUUCAUAUAAUUUCAUUUUUAAGAGGUUUACCAUUUCUGAAGUGGAUACAGUGAUCCCUGCCCAUGGAAUGGUGAUUCCCUGAUUUCAGUGGAGCAGUUCCCAUCGAGGCUGGCUGUGAGUCAGGACUGUGAAGCUGAGCUUUGGCACUUAAUCUCCUUGGUUUUAAAAAAUACAGUGUUUGUACCACAUCUUUCAAAGACAGAGUGAUAUUAGCUGAGUGGCACUAAAGAAAAACAUAGAGGGGGGAGCUAAAUGCCAAAGAAAUAGGAAAUAUCCUUUAUUUCCAAGGGGAGAGCUAAAAGGAACCAGUUGUGUUUUUUAAUUAUAUAAAUAAUGUUAAAGGCUAGAUUAUAAUAAUUGAAGUUAAAAUGUUUUAGGUACUCAGGGCGUGAAAUCUGUGCUUUUAAACCCAGAAUAUAUCACAACCACUUGCUUUAAAAUCACUUUCAUGCCUUAAAAUGUGGCAUUUUCUAAAUCACAAAAGGCUCUUCGUUUUACUCAGUCACUUAGAAGUACAUGACAGCCUGUAAAAAAUUAUUCAAUUAAUACUUUUAUCUUUGGAGGCAUUCCUAUUCCAGAUAUCAGAGUUGUGCAGUGCUUGUUGUGGAAGAACUCUUCAGUGUGCCAUCUGUUGAUUUUUUUUGUUUGACUCAUGACAAGUGGGUGACUUAACAUUAAAAUUCCAUGUUGUUUAUUAAAAAAAACCAAACUCCCUUUGGAAAUUCCGUUGCUGAAACUUGGAGCUCGAUUAAAAACUGAUACAGAGGUGGAUAUUCUGGAUAUUCAGUUCUCCCUGUGGAAUUCAGAUUUAACGAUCUAACUGGGAAUUUAUUUAUUUUUUUUCCUUCCAGGUGGAGCCUUUUCCUCCACGAUGGCUUCGAGGCUGGUUCCCAAAGUGAAUUCCAAGCAGGGAGGAUCUCCAUGCCAGCAGAAGCAGGUGGUUCUGCUCAGCCCCCUGGGCAGGAUCGAGAUCUCGGGCUGUGAGACGGGCGUACAUGAAAUAAAACUUCCCAAAACGAGCCUGCUGCCAAGUGGCAGGGCAGAGCCCUCGGUGGCUUGCGAGGUGUGCGAGGGGGCCGAGGAGAUGCCGGAGCCCCUGCAGCAGUGCACAGCCUGGCUCCGAGCCUACUUCUGUGAGCCAGCGACCACAGGGAGCCUGCCCCUGCCAGCCUUCCACCACCCCCUGCUCCAGAGAGAUUCCUUCACCAGGCAGGUGCUGUGGACGCUGCUGAGGGAUGUCAAGUUUGGGGAGGCCGUUUCCUACAAGCAGCUGGCAGAUCUUGCUGGGAACAGCCGGGCAGCCCGAGCCGUGGGAGCAGCCAUGAGGAGCAACCCGGAUUUAGGUAUUGAUGAGGCUGCGAGUGAAAACAAGCUCUUUCCCUUGUGGGCCUCUACCCAGAAGAACAAAAGCGAAGUUGGAGAAAAUAUUCAGCUGGUGCCCGAAUCAGAGGGACUCCGGCAUCGAUCCGAGGGCUCCUUCAUAUUAUUUUUUUGUUGGAGACAAAUCUCUGGGUUUGGAAGUUUUAUAGCGUUUGAGGUAGGGGCCGUGUGUGUGAUGGAUUCGUGGAGGAGAGGAAUUAGAUUUCACAGCAUGAAGAUUUCAGCGGUGCUAUAAUAUUAUGAGCUGCUUGGUUAUUGAUAAAAAUUACAUUAAAUGUAGCUGAGGCAUUAAAGCUCCAGACUAGGGUAGUUCUCCCUCUAAAAUGUCCUUAGGGCCCUAAUAAAUUUUAGCAGGUUUAAUUAUUUUAGUAGGCUGAACGUUGUCACCACAAUUAAGCCAAACUGAAGCAAUAUUCAAUAUUUUUAAAUUACAGCUGGUAUGGUCUUUGUACCACUUCUACAUCCAUAGCUGUGGAGGGUGACAGAUAGGUGCUUGUGUUGGGACAAUCUCAGCAUGGAAUUCUUUGUUUUGGCCAUGGAAAAAGGGGCAUUAAUUUCAUACCUCCUCUGUUUGCUUGGUGGUGACAGCUCAGCCCCACUCCCCUGUGCUGUGAGCAGGUCCUGCACCCACCCAGGGAUCAUCCAAGACCCCACAUCUGAAAAUAAAAUCCUUUUUUUUUCUUUUUCUCCACCAAGAUUUAUAGCCUUGCCACCAAAAUCUGCUGCUUUACUGUGUGUAUUUUUAAAGAAUUGCAAAUGAACCUCAGAGAUGUUUUACAGUGUAUUAUUAUGGCUUUGUCACUCAAGCCAAGCCUCCUGCAGGAGCUGCGGGGAGUGUAAAGGCAGAGAAACCCCAAACCAGAAAAACACUUGCAAAAAGAAAAAAACCCAAUUCCUUUGAAGAAGUCAUAAACCUACUGUGGGAUGGCUUGGCAAAGAGCAAAGUUUUUAUUGGUAGUCACUGGAGUUGUCACAGAUGGAUUAAUCACUUGUGGCAUUGCCACCUCCAAAUAAAGCAGAUAUUGGAAGCAUUUUUUUAUUUAAACCCUGAUCAACAAUUAGGACCUGUGUGUAUUCUCAUUUAAUGUGAGUUGAGAUUAAGAUUUUAAAUUUCAGGCACUGAAAUUAGUUAGGUAAACUGAAAGAACACCCCAAAAAAACCCUUCUCAAUUUAUGGUCUGGCCAGUAGCUGUUCAGCUACUUUGGGGUUUGUGUAUCCCAGGCUCAAAUAUACCACAGUGCUUGAACGUUAUUAUUAAAUGGGAUUAAAAUAAGUGGGGGUAAAGUGUGCAAUUUGUCUGUGUGUCUACAUAGAAAUAAAUUACAAUUUUUGACUUGAGAUACCCAGAUUUGUGAGAACUGCCCUUUUGGGUGAGUGAUUGUUGUCCCAGCUCCACCAUUGCAAUGCCAUUACUAUGCAGUUACCAAAACACACCCGUGAUUAGAGAUGAUGUAUUGCAGUUUUUAUGGUGUGUACUUCAGCUAUGAUAAUCACCUGUAAUAAAAAAAUUUAAAAAAAAAAAAACCAACCAUGUUUA